GAUGCUUUCUUACUUCGAAUGCCUUCAUGUUUACGUCAAGAUGAAAAUUACCAUACAGGAGUUACUGAUGAUCAAUACAGGAGGCCAUGGACAAGAGUUUCAGCUGUUUCUGUUCCAGGAAUAACAGACACUGCAGUCUUUGAUCAAUGGAAAGCAAGUCUCUGUGUUGAGGAUUUCCUUGAGAAACGAACAAUUACAGGAAUGGCGACCAAGAUGAAUUGUGAAUUUAAGGACAUUGUACCAAGUUCAAACCCAAACUCUCCUACUGGAGUAGAAGAAGCCAGUUUAUAUACCCUCGAGGACUAUAGUGAAGUCUUUACACCUAUUGACCUUUCAGAAAAAUAUCCAGAAAUUCAAGAUUUAUCAAUCGAUGAAGAAGAAAUAAUAUUCACAGAUAAUUUGAUGACCUAUAAAAAUCAGCUACCAACUUCGCAUACUCUCCUAAGUAGCCUAAAGCCAUCUUGGGUAGAGGACUCCCUUUCAGAUUUCAAAGAACAGCUCUUCACAGAACCUAAUGUUACCAGGGAAUGUCUCUCUUUUCAAGAAGAUUUGAAAGUUUCUGUGAAAGAAGAUUUUCCUAUGGAUAAAGAGAACUUCUGUCAGGAGAAACCAGAAGAUACAGUAGGUUUAAAUGAGCCACCUCUUUUUCCUAUUGAGUGUGAAUCUUUGAUACCUACAAGCCUCAAACAGGAAAUUGAUAUUCCAUCAUCCUCAGAACUGAAGAAGUCAUCAAACUUAGUACCAGAAAUAAUAAGUUGUGUAGAUGAAGAUGAAAAGAUUUUCAAAAGAGGAUCUGACACUGAAGAUAUAAAAUGCAGCUCCAUAGAGAUUUUGACUGUUCAAAGCCAGAGUGAACCAGAGUGCCGUGAACCAGCAGAGUUAGAAAUGCCCCUAACUCCUCUACACCCAAGAAGCCAACGUUCUUCAGUGACUUCAUUCUGUGUAGAACUUCAGACAUUUUUAAUUUCUCCAGUUUGUAAAAUUUUGCUUACUGCUGAAGAUGCAGCUAAUAAAUACUGUAUGAUGUGGCAAUUAGAACAUUGCAGAAGCUCUUUGAACCCAUUUUCGCUUACAGUGUCAAGAAUUCAAGAGCCCAACAGUCAAUCUUCAGUUACAAGUUUGAAAAAGAUAAUUUCUGUUGAAAAAGGAAGACUUGUAAUUAAUCAUGCAAUGACAGAGUGGUGGAAACAAGCAGGACUAAAUCCAAUAGUGAGAGAAACUUUGGAACAUCUGAAUACAUACUUCUGUUACAAUAAUCUAUCUUUCAGUGACACUAUAACGGAGAUAUUUUUGCCUAAAAAAUUGCCUCAAUUACAGUCAUGUCUAGAGCAUGAACAUUGCACCUCACCUAUUGAACUUAUUAAUGAGAAAUCUACAAAUGAUCAUUUACCACUUCCACAAGAAAGUUCAUCUCUAGCGAGAGUACCAGAUUUGUGUUUUUCUGAUGAAUAUAUCUCUGAGGGUGAAAAAUCAACAAAAGAAGAGAAAACGAAGAAAGAUCAAGAACUAGUUUAUAACAUAAUCCAAAAGAAAGAAAAUAAAGAUCACUUUAAACUUGACUGCACAGUACUAUGUGUUGAAUCAUCCUCAAAAAUUAAAAAAACAUCUUUUGAACAUGGUAAAAAACAGGAGAAUGAUUUGGACCUUUUGAGUGACUUUAUUAUGCUGCGAAAUAAAUAUAAAACUUGCACCUCAAUGACUGGUCAGAUCAUAGACAGUGAUGAAAAAGAUGAUAAGGAAGUCUGUUCUUUGACUCUUCAAGAAGAAAGUCCUAUUGCUUAUACUACUAAAACCUUAGAGACAACAAAUCAGAAAAGGGGAACAGACAGUGUCAUUGAAAUUCAAGCGUCAGAUAGCCAAUGCCAGGCACACUGCCUUCUAGAAGCAGCAGCUGCUCCUAUCUUAAAAAAUCUUUUAUGCCUAUGUACUCUCCCUGCUGCUAAUUGGAAAUUUGCCACUGUUACUUUUGACCAAACAAGGUUCCUCUUAAAGGAACAAGAAAAAAUACUAAAUGAUACUGUUCACCAAGGUAAAAAUCAUGACAGAGAAAUGACAUUCAAGUAUGCCGCUCUCUUACACUUCCUGGUAACAAUUAGAGAUAUCCUUUUAGCAUGCAACUUGGACACAGCAUUAGGAUAUUUGUCAAAUGCAAAAGAUAUCUACAAAAGCAUUUUUGGUUCCCUAUUGGAUGACAUUUGGAGACAGUUAGAAAUUGUACAGUUCAUUAGAGGUAAAACGCCUGAAACCAACUACAAGAUGCAAGAAUUACGAUGUCAGAUACUAAAUUGGAUGCAAAGUCAAGAGCAAAUUAAGGUGCUGAUUAUAAUAAGAAUGGAUUCAGAUGGAGAAAAACAUUUACUCACUAAAAUCCUUAACGAAAUGGAAGGCUUAACAUUGACUGUCUGUCAUUCAAAUGAAAGAAAAGAUCUUCUAGAACCUAAACAUACUUUUAAAAGUACAAGUUCCUGUGUUAUCGUACCUAAUCAAUAUAUUGGAGCAGAUUUUCCCUGGAAUAACUUCUCAUUUGUGGUGGAAUAUAAUUAUGUGGAAAACUCUUGUUGGAGUAAACACUGUGAAAAGAUGACUAUUCCUUACAUAACCUUUAAAGUGAUUCUUCCAGAUACAGUUUUAAAAAGAACUACCUUGCUGGAUAGAUUUGGUGGUUUUCUUUUGGAAAUUCAGAUUCCAUAUGUAUUUUUUGCAUCUGAAGGACUUCUUAACACUCCAGAAAUACUUCAACUGUUAGAAUCCUACUAUAAUAUCACACUAGUGGAGAGAUGCUGCAGUGAGUCACUGAAGCUCUUUGGCAGUACAGAACGUUAUGUAGUGGUGACAAUUGAUGAACACACUGCCAUCAUUUUACAGGACCUAGAAGAACUAAACUGGGAGAAGGCACCAGACAAUAUCAUUAUGAGACUGAUGGCAUUAUCAUUCCAGUACAGCUAUUGUUGGAUAAUUUUAUAUACCAAAGUAACAUUAAAUUCAGAGUACCACCUUACUGAAAAGACACUUCACCACCUCGCACUGAUUUAUGCAGCUUUGGUUUCAUCUGGGCUAAAGUCAGAAGAACUGGAUGUAAAGCUUAUAAUUGUCCCAGGAGUAGAGGAGACUGCACUGAUAAUUCGACAAGUUGCUGACCACAAUUUAAUGACCUCGAAGAGAAAUCCUCAUGAAUGGUUGGAUAAAUCCUGGCUUGAAGUUUCACCAUCAAAGGAAGAAAUGUACUUACUUGAUUUUCCAUGUAUUAACCCAUUGGUGGCCCAGCUCAUGUUAAAUAGAGGACCUUCACUGCACUGGAUAUUAUUAGCAACCUUGAGUCAACUUCAGGAACUUCUACCUGAAGUUCCAGAAAAAGUGUUAAAGCAUUUUUGUAGCAUCACAUCCUUAUUCACGAUUAGUUCUUCUUCCAUAACAAACUCACCUCGAAUUUCAUCGCCUCAGGAAAACAGGGCUCAGACCAGUAGCUUUACUUCUCAGAGUUCAGCUUCUGGCUCUCCAGACUCUAGUCAAGAACAUAAUGACCAUGACCAGUAUUUAGACUUAGGAGAGGCAGUGCAGGAAGACACAAGCACCACUUUAAAUUAUAACUCUUUCCUAAUGGACCUACGAGAAAUGCCAUGCAUUUUACCAUCCGUGACUUCUUACGGUCAGACCAGCUACUGGGAAGACUCCAGUUGUAACCCUAACAUAGUACAGGAAAAUCCUUUUCUAAUCAAUAUGGAAUCAAAAGUAGCUUCCAACUCUUUUCUAAACUGGAAUGAUUCAGAGUCAGAUGUCUUUUCUUUGGGUCUAACACAAAUGAACUGUGAAACCAUACAGGCACCAACUGACACUCAGAAGAGAGUUGUCUCCAGUUGUACUAAUUAUCAGAAAAAAGGAGCACAUAAAACAAAACAAUCCAUAAGCAAAGAAGUAUCUGCCCCGGUCUUUACAUUAGAGGGCCCUCGAUCUCCUCUUCACUGGAACUUUAAGGAAGAUGUACGGGAGCAACACAAUCACUCAUUCAACCUACAAUAUGGCACAGAGAAAACUACACAUGACAAAUGGCAUUCUCAGAAGGAUAACUUAUUCAGUAAUCAGAGAAAACGUCUAUCGGAUGAAGUAGAAGGCUUUAUAGGUGAAUAUUCAAAUGCCGGGAUUCAGAAAACUUCCUGGAGGGAAUUAUCAUCUGGUCCUAGUUUGGAUUUAUUUUGUGCUUCUGAUUCUAAUGUAAAUCAAAAAGAAUUCAACAGCCUUUAUUCCUACCAAAGAGCUGGAAAAUGUUUAGGGCAGAAAAGGUACCCUGAAACUACAUCUAACACAGAAGACAAGGAAUCAUUAACAGGUGUCAUGUACUCACAUCUACCACAAUUCAAAAAACGACGUCUAGUUUAUGAAAAAGUCCCUGGUAGAGUUGAUGGACAAACUCGGCUGAGGUUUUUUUGAAAGCAGGAAAGAGAGAGCAGUGCUACGUGCCAUAUCCCACUGCUUUUGAUGAUAAUCCAGCAGCAAAAUUAGAUUUACUCAAGGAAGUUAAAGGAAGUUCCAUUAUGUAGAUGUUCUCAGUGUUUCUAUAUUAAAUAUUAAAUUAAAAAUGUAUUCUGUAUCGUGUGCACCUUUUUAAGUGAAA